AUGGUAGUCGUCGAAUGCUCUGUGCCCGACUGCACAUUCACAAGAGACGAUGUCUCCGAAGCACUGGCAAUUGCCCUUCUCUCUAAUCACAACCUGGCCCACUGCAACCUGGCGCCUACCGUCGCAGACGCUGCCCCAGCACCUACAGCACCCAGAGGCCCAAAACUAGAGCGGCCCAAGGUCGAUGUUGGAGUUACAAUAGAGGAGUGGAACGUCUUCACGAGACGCUGGGAGGUUUUCAAAUCAGGUUCAGGCAUCGACGACGCCUCGGCGCCCUCCCAGCUGUUCCAGUGUGCAGGAACUGAACUUGGGGACAGCCUUCUCAAAGCCAAUCCUAACGCCGCUUCUGAGACCCUGACCCAACUGCUGGCCGCCAUGCGCUCCUUAGCGGUAAUCCCAGUCGCCACUUGUGUGCUACGUACAGAGCUUCUCCAACUAAGGCAAGAACGUGACGAGCCUUUCCGCACCUUUACAGCUAAAGUACGGGGGAAGGCGGAAACCUGUUCCUAUACCGCUUCGUGUGACUGUGGCGCUUCGGUCGACUACACUGACCACGUCAUCCGUGACGUCAUCCUGAAUGGCCUCUACGACACUGACAUCAGGAGGGAAGUGCUAGGCAUAGCGGGCAUACUCGAGACACCGAUAAACGAGGUUUUCGCCUUAGUAGAAACCAAAGAGAUGGCCCGUAAUGCCCUCCCCUCCCCCUCACUAUCAGCUGUCUCUUCCUUCGCGAAGGAAGAAAGGAAAUCGCCACCAAACCCCGUCCCAACUCUCUCUCAAGCGGAUCGGGCAAAGGAAGCGACAUGCCCUGGCUGUCACAUCGCCUUUAAGGUCUUCACGGAAGGGGCCUGA